AUGGGCGCUCUAAACCAAACAAGAGUGACUGAGUUUGUCUUCCUGGGCCUCACUGACAGCUGGGUGUUGGAGAUUCUGUUUUUCAUACCAUUUACAGUCACUUACAUACUAACUCUCCUGGGGAACAUUGUCAUUGUUGUUACCAUAGUCUUUAGCCCACGUCUCCACACUCCCAUGUACUUCUUUCUGAGCAAUCUGUCCUUCAUUGAUAUCUGCCACUCAUCUGUCACUGUGCCCAAGAUGCUGGAGGGGUUGCUUUUGGAGAGGAAGAGCAUUUCCUUCGACAACUGCAUUGCACAGCUUUUCUUCCUACAUCUGUUUGCUUGUGCUGAGAUUUUUCUGCUGACAAUCAUGGCAUAUGACCGUUAUGUGGCUAUAUGCAUUCCUUUGCGCUACCCCGAUGUGAUGAACAUGAAGGUCUGUGUACAGCUUGUCUUUGCACUGUGGGCAGGGGGCACAGUUCAUUCGCUUGUGCAGACCGUCCUGACUAUUCGUCUCCCCUACUGUGGCCCGAACAUUAUCGACAGCUACUUCUGUGAUGUGCCUCCUGUCAUCAAGCUGGCCUGCACAGAUAAGUACCUCACAGGGAUUCUGAUCGUGUCCAACAGUGGAACCAUCUCCCUCACCUGCUUCCUAGCCUUGGUCACUUCCUACACUGUGAUCCUGUUUUCUCUUCGAAAACAGUCAGCCGAAGGUCGUCGGAAAGCCCUGUCCACAUGUUCCUCCCACUUCAUGGUGGUUGCCCUGUUCUUUGGGCCAUGUAUCUUCCUCUACACUCGCCCAGACUCCAGCUUUUCUAUUGACAAGGUGGUCUCUGUCUUCUACACAGUGGUCACCCCUUUGUUGAAUCCUCUCAUUUACACCUUGAGGAAUGAGGAGGUGAAAAAUGCAAUGAAACAACUCAGGCAGAGACAAAUUUGCUCGUGA